AUGAGAUCUCCAAGCUCUAGACCGGAGGAUGAUCGAGCUCUACUUAAUCUCAUUGCCGCAGUCAGUAGAGGAAAUCACUCGCCGAUUAUAGUGGGGGAUUCCAAUCUACCUGCAAUAGAAUGGGAGUAUGAAGACGAGGGAGAUGGGCAAGCAGAACGUAAAUUCAUGGACUGCUUCCAUGCGGCAUCGCUCUACCAGCACGUGAAAGAACCAUCGCGUAUCCGGCUAGGGCAGAGACCGUCCACCUCCGAUCUGGUCCUCACGCGGCAAGAGAGUGAGAUCAACGACCUAAGGCAGGAGGUUCCCCUCGUUAAAAGCGACCACAACGUAUUGUUACUAGAAGCAUACAUUGCGAAGGAAAAGCCACCCCGCAGAUGGUGCCGCAAUCUCGGGCGAAUGAACAUAGCGGACUUGAGGCGAGAUGCUCAGACCAGAGCAUGGUUCCCGCAGGGAACAGAGGCGUCCGUGGAUCAACGAUGGGAGAAAAUCCGCGACCAGCUAAUAGAGCUGACGAAGAGGCAUGCCCCCUUGCAGCCUCGGGGUGGUACCCACAAACCGCAAUGGUGGAAGCCGGCCAUUAAACGUGCCAGAGGGGAAAGAGCUCAUUAUGAAAAGUGUGAGACACUCAAGGGGUAUUUCGAAAAUGUCUAUAAAAUAGACUACGGGAGUGCGGUCCCACGAAAGUGCCUAGACACCCCUCCAAUGGGUGAUGUGGAAGUCUCAGCUAGUUGUGCUCUCAAGGUUUCGGAGAACUUGAAUGUGAAGAAGUCUGCCUGCAACGACGGGCUACAUCCGGCCGUCAUCAGACCACUGGCUCAAUUGCUCGCCCCCGCGAUAGCCGCACUCUAUCAGGAGUCCCUAAGAGCUGGGAGAGUACCUAGUGAUUGG